AUCAACACCGGCAACAGCUCCGGCGCCCUGGUUAUGGACGACGACAGCGGCGGUGAUGGGCAGUCACGGGUACAGGUCGUACUGAAGUUAGAGGGCGGGAAACUUCCAAACGAAGGGAGAGUAGAGGUCUUCUACAACGGUGAAUGGGGAACAAUAUGUGAUGAUAACUUUGGCAUGACAGAAGCGGAUAUCAUAUGCAGGGAGCUAGGCUUCAGAGGGGCCGCAGGCACACGUGCUAAUGGCUAUUACGGCCAGGGGAGCGGUCGUAUCUGGAUAGACGAACUCAAGUGCACAGGCAAUGAAUACAACAUCAUGGAGUGCACCAGGAACCCAUGGGGGACCAACGACUGCAGUCACGCCGAAGACGUCGGAGUUAUUUGCCAGACUAAGAACUUAAUCGUUGCCCCAGUCGCUAAUGUAGUCACAACCACCACCUUGGCACCCAAAGUUUGCGGUGUGCCACUAUUCCGAGCCAACAUGGGGCGUAUUGUUGGCGGUUCCUUAGCUGCUAAGGGAUCAUGGCCGUGGCAGGGGUCUCUACGCCUUCUCUACUCCAACGGAGGUUCCGCCCACACUUGUGGUGCCACUCUGGUUGCUCCAAACUGGGCCGUCACAGCCGCCCACUGUUUCGGGCAGUCAAGAGAUCCCAAUGGCUACAAAAUCCGUUUCGGAGAGCACGAUCAACGUUACUGGGAACGAACUGAAGAGGACCGCCGUGUGUCCAAACUGGUCAUGCACUCUCAAUAUAAUGUUCGUCCCCACGCCAACGAUAUCGCCAUGUUAAAACUGGACACUCCCGUCAAUAUGGCCAGCCCCUACGUCAAUACCGCCUGUCUGCCGGACGCUAACGAGGUCUUUGACAGUCAUGACACUUGCUUUGUCACAGGAUGGGGGAGCACACAGGGAACUAGCUACGGAUUUCUACUAAACCAAGUGAACGUUCCAAUCAUUAGUAAUUUUGAUUGUUGGCGUUCUUAUGGUAGUACUAUACUGGACAGCAUGCUGUGCGCAGGGUAUGUUCAAGGAGGAAAGGACGCCUGUCAGGGUGACAGUGGCGGCCCCUUCGUAUGUAUCAAGAACGGGCGGUGGAAACUGGCAGGAAUCGUGUCUUGGGGCAGAGACUGUGGCGCCGUCUACUCCCCGGGGGUCUACACGCGCGUGUCCAAGUAUCUAAACUGGAUCAACUACAUCAUUCAAAACGAAUGAAAGAAAAAAAAA